AUGCCCAUCACGCCCUCAGCAUCUGCAUUGUCCACCACAUACGCCGCAAUUUGUGUUCGCACUGGUUCACAUUUUUCCAAUUCACAUCAACGGCAGCACUACCACAGUGCACUUCGGAAAUGUCCAUCCAAUGAGCAUACCGAACGAGACCGCGUUAAAACCAUACAGCGAAGCCAACAAAAAAGCCUCGCAAUGUCUUUCGGAUGA